GAGCGAACUCAUCAACACGCCGUCCCGCUACUGAAAACAUCUCAUACAACCGGUGAAUUUCACGCAAAGAUAUGCAUAUUAAAACAGGUACUUGGGAAAGCAGUAAUGCAGUGUGUGAGUCGGACCUGUGUGACCCGGCUGUCCUAGUUUCACCCCCCAAACCAGAACCACACAUCCGUAAUCGCCGCCUGUCUCCCGGCUCAGGCAGCUGUGGAGGAGGCGGAGGGGGCUGUGUAACCGGGGUACCAGAUAAACCUCUCCGUCAGGCUUCGCCUCCAAUCCCAGAGGGUACGUUGAAUGGGACGAGCCACACGUUGCAAGCAUACACCUCCACCAGAGACCGGGAGCGGCGGGUCCAGAACAAAGGCAGGGGGCCCCGCCGAGACAGCUCCAGGCUGCGAACACGCGCCACAGACAGGUCCCACAGACAGAACCAGAACCAGAGCCAGCCUCAGAAUCAGACCCAGAAUCAGAAGGAGAGGUGGGUGGAAGACAGCCUGACUUUGCUCAAACCUCCUCCUGCCUUCCCGGUCAAAGACAGCCCUGCUAAGUUACAGCCCGCCGUCAGUUACGCCUCCAAAGUGAAGGCGGGCGGGGUUGUCGGAGGCGCUGCCGAGGAGCCCCCUGGUAUCGGCGUGCUGCUGCAGAACCAAUGGGGGCUGAGUUUCAUCAGCGACGGGCCUGCCGAAGCCUUCACGGUGCUUCCCAACCAACCGGGCUCUCUCCCUCACCCCAUCACAGGAGACCUGGCCGGCGAAACGUCCACCUCGGUCACAUCUCUACUUCAGUCUGAUCACUGGCGUAAGGAUGCAGGGAGCUCAGGGGACCUGCUGCUCAGCUGUCGCCACCUGGUGGAGGCUGUGCAGUAUCACAUGCAAGAAUGGGAUGUGACAUACCACCGGCAUAAAGAAGAUCCGGUAAAGGUUGUGUGGUACAGCAGCUCCACGGACCAGCCGGCCUAGCACAGCUUAACCCACACUGCACCCCCUCCAAUGCUCGAACACUCACAGAUACUAACACACACAUUUAAAACACACUCACCAAUGCCUACACACACACACACACACACAUGCGUGCGCACACAGACAGCGCUCAGGUUAUGUUGACACAGCUCACACUGAAAUGAUUUGGACUUUAUCCCUGGACGAGUAUGAUGUCUUGGACCUCUUGGUUGCCUUACAACAAAUCCUGCCUCAGCCGACCCAAUCUGGAACUUUCUCUGCUCCCUGUGAUACUGUCUCCACC